AUGUCUGCAAAUUUCCAACAGCAUCCACCCUGGCAGUACAGCGAGGCUGCAGGAACUGGUAUGGUAAUUUUCCUGAGCUCCCUAAACCCCAGCGUGUGUCAAUGUAUUCCACUUUUGCAUAUUUUACUUCCUAUAGAAUGGGAGGUACAGAAUCGUAUCCCUUCUGGAACUAUAUUAAAGGCCUUGAUGGAAGGUGGUGAAAAUGGGCCCUGGAUGAGAUUUAUGAGAGCAGAAAUAACAGCAGAGGGUUUUUUACAAGAAUUUGGGAGACUUUGCUCUGAAAUGUCAAAGACCUCCGUGCCUGUGGACUCAUUUUUCUCUCUGCUGACCAGUGAGCCAGUGGCAAAGCAGUUCCCAGUGAUGACUGAGGCCAUAACUCAAAUUCGGGCAAAAGGUCUUCAGACUGCAGUCUUGCGCAAUAAUUUUUAUCUUCCCAACAAGAAAAGCUUUUUGCCCCUGGACCGGAAACAGUUUGAUGUGAUCGUGGAGUCCUGCAUGCAAGGGAUCUGUAAGCCAGACCCUAGGAUCUACAAGCUGUGCUUGGAGCGGCUUGGCCUGCAGCCCUCCGAGUCCGUGUUUCUUGAUGACCUUGGACCAUAUCUAAAAGCAGCUGCCAGCCUUGGUAUUCACAUCAUUAAG